GACAGCGCUUCCUCUCGGAGUCUCACGUGCCGAGAUCCCACACUUCGGGCCGCAUAAAUAUGCCCGGUCAUGCCACAUAAAUCAGUGUCAUAAAUCUGCGCCGUCUUGUGUAUGGAAUUAUGUGUCAGUGUCCCGCCAGCAGCCACAAAAUAUCCUAGAUAUUUAUCUGCGGAGUGCCAAAUAAAAACUUUGGCAAAGAAAAACAACUAAAGCAGGCAAAUUAACCGUUUGGCGGGAAGCGAGAUAGGGUGGCAUUCCCGCGGGCGAAAGUGUAGAAAGUCAAGUGAAAGUGGCGGCUGCCGUUCCCCCCGAAGGAAAUCCCUUUUUUGUGUCAGAGUGCUUGGAAUGUUCAUCUGCGAGGCGUGAGGGACUGAAAGAUGGCCAUCCUGGAGUCUUGUUGCUUCUGGAAGGACGUGCGGAGUGGCAGCUUUGCCUGCGCCAUCUACACAUUGGUUUACUUUGGCUUCUCGACGCUGAUGUUUUUGUUCUACCUGCUCGGGGAGCAGGAAUUCCUGCUGGGGAAUCGCGCUCAUCCGACGGGCGAGAGUUUGCUGGAGAAGGGUGAUGUGACUGUAGUGACUGUGAUAUUCAACGUUUUGUUACUCUUUUGCUCGAUGCUGAUGGUUCUGUCGUCGGUUCUGCUGAUAUUGGGUCUCCAGCAGAACAAGCGACAGCUAAUGCUACCCUGGAUUUGCUUCAUGCUGGGCGACAUGCUCAUCGAGUGCUUCCACCUGGUUUAUUUGGCCCUCUCCCGCCGCGUAAAUUUUGACCCGAUUGUCGGUUUCAUCUUCACCAUGGACUUCUUCCUACUGUGCCUCAACCUCUACUGUCUGCUGUGCGUCAUCUCGCAGUACCAAAUGUUCCGCUCGCAACGAGCGGAGCUGCAACAGGCGUCCUCCUCGGCAUCGCCUAUUGUGGUCUUCACAGCCGUCGAGAAGCUAACCAAAUCGCAGCAGCAACUGCAGCAGGCACAGCAGCAGCAGCAGCAACAUUAUCUGCAGCAACAGCUGGAGCCCGGAACCGCAACCGGGAAGCGGCGACGAAUCCUCGGUGCUGCCAGUCCGCUCAUCACCUCGCAGCGUCUCACCAACUUCUCCACCAUCACCGAGGAGGAGGAGCAGCAGUCCCGGACAGACCAACCAUCGGAUCCGACAAAUGGAGAGCAACUGGCCCUAAUACCAAUUAUUACUUUGGCUUGCAGCCCAGCUCAUUGUAGUGACGCAAGUUCAACUCGUCACUAAGUCAACGUUACGUACUUGUCCCCAAUCCCAGAAGUUUUAGGAAAAAUGCUGAUAUUUUUACAAAUUCAUUUGAUUAGAAAUGACAGAAUAAAAAGAUAUACGAUUCCCAAGAGGCACACGAGUCUU